AUGACGAUCUGUACUUAUAACGCACGUGCGCUUGCAUCGGAAGCGGCCAUCGAAGAUCUGAUGAUGCAAGCCAAGAAGAUCGAGUACGACGUCAUCGGACUGACCGAGACGAGACGACGUCACCCUCUCAACGCCUUAUAUGAAACUGGAGUAGAACUGUUCUUAGGAGCAUGCAACAUUAGAGUUGGUGGUAUCAAACGCACAUCCCGAUCUUCUUAUUAA